CUGGAGCUCAGGUGAUAACUGGGAGCUGCCCCUCCCUCCCUCAGUGGGGAAGGAACACCCCCGGUCCUCAGGGCCCCUCCCUCUCUUCCUGGGGCGAUGGGGCAGGAGUGUCUGUGGAAUCCAGGAGCCGGCCCAGUUGGGAAAAGAUAAAAAGCCCAUCAGUGGCCCAGCAGCUCACUGUGCUCCCUCCCAGCUCUCCUGUCUGCUCUGGCCCUGCUGCAGCGAUGAGAUCCUCCGUGUCUCGGCAGACAUACUCCACCAAAGGGGCCUUCAGCUCCAGCUCAGCCAGUGGCGGGGGUGGUUCCCAGGCCCGCACCAGCUUCAGCUCGGUGACUGUGUCCCGGAACAGUGGCAGCGGUGGGGGGCCCCGCUGUGGCCCCAGCACAGGUGGCUUUGGGAGCCGGAGCCUCUAUAACUUGGGGGGCAGCAAGAGCAUCUCGGUCAGCGUGGCUGGAGGGGCCUCGGCGGGGCGGGCGCUGGGAGGCUUCGGCCUUGGCGGUGGGGCCUACAUGGGCCUGGGGGCUGGCAGGCCGAUGCUGGGGCCCGUCUGUCCUCCCGGCGGCAUCCAGCAGGUCACCGUCAACCAAAGCCUGUUGACCCCCCUCCACGUGGAGAUCGACCCGGAGAUCCAGCGGGUGCGCACGGAGGAGCGGGAGCAGAUCAAGACCCUCAAUAACAAGUUCGCCUCCUUCAUCGACAAGGUGCGGUUCCUGGAGCAGCAGAACAAGGUGCUGGAGACCAAGUGGGCGCUGCUGCAGGAGCAGGGUCAGAAAUCGGGCGUCACCAGGAACAAUCUGGAGCCCCUCUUCGAGCGCUUCAUCAACAACCUGCGGGGGAAGCUGGACAACCUCCAGAGCGAGCGGGGGAGGCUGGACUCGGAGUUGAGGAAUGUGCAGGAUCUUGCUGAGGACUUCAAGACCAAGUAUGAGAAUGAAAUCAACAAGCGCACUGCCGCAGAGAAUGAGUUUGUGGUCCUCAAGAAGGAUGUAGAUGCUGCAUACGUGGGCCAAAUGGAUCUGCAUGGCACAGUGGACCGCCUGGUGGAGGAGAUGGACUUCCUGAGGCAUCUCUAUGAAGAGGAGCUGGGCCAAGUGCAGACUCACGUGUCUGACACCAGUGUCAUCCUCUCCAUGGACAACAACCGCAACCUCGACCUGGACAGCAUCAUCGCUGAGGUGAAGGCCCAAUAUGAGCAGAUUGCGCAGAGGAGCAGGGCUGAGGCUGAGUCCUGGUACCAGACCAAGUAUGAGGAACUGCAGGUGACCGCUGGGAAGCAUGGGGACAACCUGAGGGACACCAAGAAUGAGAUAGCUGAGCUCACCCGCACUGUGCAGAGGCUGCAGGGGGAGGCAGAUGCAGUCAAGAAGCAGUGCCAGCAGCUGCAGACUGCCAUCACAGAUGCGGAACAGCACGGGGAGCUGGCAUUAAAAGAUGCUCAGAAGAAACUUGGGGACCUGGAUGCUGCCCUGUAUCAGGCCAAGGAGGACCUGGCCCGGCUGCUGCGUGACUACCAGGCGCUCAUGAACGUCAAGCUGGCCCUGGAUGUGGAGAUCGCCACCUACCGCAAGCUGCUGGAGAGUGAGGAGAGCAGGAUGUCUGGAGAAUGCCCCAGUGCUGUCAGCGUUUCGGUGACGGGCAACUCCACCACUGUGUGCGGAGGCGGUGCGGCUGGCUUCGGGGGUGGCAUCUCCCUGGGUGGGGGUGGAGGGGCCAGCAAGGGCAGAUUCAGCACAAACGCAGGCUACAGCACCAUCAAGGGAGGGCCUGUCUCUGGGGGCACCUCCAUCCUGCGGAAGACCACCACGGUCAAGACGUCCAGCCGUAGGUAUUAGCUGCUGUCUUGCAAGCCGGGGCCCCUGCACUUCUCUCCCCACUCCCCAUCCUCAGGAGCAGGAAUAGCCCCAGGACCACUGACCCAGGGUACAGGCAUGCCAGACUGCUCAUGGGAUCUGCAUUUUGGGAAGGGCUCAAAUCUACCCAGGUUUCCUCCUUGGUUCUGCAACAGGAUGGGAGGGGUGGUUAACGCCACCAGUUUUCGGGAUGUGUUUGGAUGAUUCAGGGAUGAUAUUUUGACCACAGAGAGGAGGUUGGAUUUCCCCAGGCCAUCUCGGCUUCUCUCACCUCUUCUGCUCGUCUGCUCUGGGCUCAGGUCAGGCUGAGGGAGGAUAAAGUCAGAAGUGGUCUCCCGUCUCCCACCAGACCACCCCCUCCCUGAAUCUACCUACGUCCCCCUCCCCGUCUGUGCUGUGAUGUAUCUCAAUAAAUGGCAAUUGCAGCUAGCUGUCU